AUGGCCAAAUGGACAAAAGGAACAAUAGUUGGAUGGGACUGGAGAAAUAAAAGAUUCAAACGAAAUGAAUAUAAAACGGUUGUAUUAAAAAUUCUUAAGGAUUCUCAAGAUAUUAAUUCGACAUUCUUAAAAGAGUUACAAAAUAUCGUUAAAAGCCAGCCUAAUUCCUACAUGCGUCGCAUUAUUCAAUGUUAUGGAGUAUCACAAUUUCCAAAAACAAAUGAUUAUAUUUUUGUUAUGUCUUAUAUGCCUAAUGGAAGUCUAAAUGAUUAUUUAUCUAAUAAUCUUAAGGAUGCUACUUGGGAAAUUAAACGUGACUUUCUUAGGGAUAUUGCUACAGGCAUUAAAUGGAUUCAUAAAAAUAAAAUUGUACACCGUGAUAUACACAGUGGAAAUAUAUUAAUAGGCAAUUUGAAAAGCAAUGGUCCUGAUUCUAAUACUUUAAUUGCUGAUUUAGGGUUUAGUCGACCAGCAAAAGAUGAUGUAGAAAGUUCAGAACAUAAUAUAUAUGGAAUUAUGCCAUACAUUGCACCUGAAGUGCUUAACAAAAAACAAUAUUCAUUUAGUUCAGAUAUUUACAGUUUAGGAAUGAUUAUGUGGGAACUUACGAGUGGAUAUCGCCCUUUCUAUGAUCGGCCGUAUGACUCACAUCUUGCACUUGAUAUAUGUAAUGGGUUACGACCAAAUAUUACUAAAGAUACUCCACAUUGUUGGGCCAUUUUGAUGCAAAAAUGUUGGCAUCCGGUUCCCUCAGCAAGGCCAAAUAUUGAUGAAAUAUAUGAUGAAGUAAAUUCUAGAUAUUGGAGUGAAAAUAAAAGUUUUCUAAAAGAAGCUGAAAAGAAACGACAAAAAAUGCUUAAUGCUGGGAAAAUAACUGUUAAAUAUAUACAUCCUCAUUCUAAAACUCACAGCCAAUUAUUAAAUCCUACUGUAGACUCUAUGCUUUUAGAUUUACUUCAAGGUUCUAAAUCUUUUACAUUACAACCUAUAGAUUCUUUUCAAAGCAUUAGCAGCGAUUUAUUUAAUAUUAUUCCUGAGCACUUCAAAAACGUUAACCGUCUAAAUUCAACGAUAAAAUUAUCACCUUCAAAAAAACACACCAUCGAAAAUGAAUGUGAUUAUGAUGAAAUAAAACGAAGAAGGCUAUCUGAUAAUGAUUCACGGCCAUAUACCUUGUCACUAAAUGAUGCUAUUUAUAAAAUUACCAAACUGAGCAAUUUGCAUUUAAAUCAAUAUAAGCUAUGUUAUGAGGCGGGAAAAGCUCUAACUUCAGCUUUAUGUACAAAUCCUAAUUUAAAAUGCUUGGAUUUAGGUUCAAAAAAACUAUGUAAUGGUGCAGGACAAGAAAUUGCUAGGGCAUUAGGCAAUAACAACACACUAACAAAUUUAAAUUUAGAAAACAAUUAUCUUGGUGACGUAGGAAAAGCACUGGCUGAAGCUUUAUGCAAAAAUACAUCCCUAACUAAUUUAUGUUUUAGUGGUAAUAAUUUUGGUGAAUCAAUAGAAAAAGCACUGGAUGAAGCUUUAUGCAAAAAAAACCACCUUGUCUAA